AGAAAGCGAAAGCCUUUUAACUCUGGCUGAAUGCGACCGAGCCCAGAAGUAAACGCCUCCUGCCUGCUGUGAACUCAAGAACACCAAUCCCAUUUCACAGUUAUUAUGUCAAAAGAAAUAGAAAAAGACUAAAUACAGGUUGUAUUUUUUCUUUUUCAUUAAUAUCCUUUUACAUAUAUAUGUAUAUAUUUAUAGAGAGAGAGAGAGAGAGAGAGGUGUACAUAAGCAGGAAACAUGCAAGCAUAGACACAGAAUUAGGUGUCACAAAGAGCAACACUUGCACAAGCAGCAGCGUACCCAAGAUCCCGCGCCUCACGGGUGGGGGUUAUCACAAGUAGUUCCUCUAGCAUGAGUGUAUAUGAUUGUGGACAAACCUAUUGCCUUUCCUAUUCCGAUGGGCUGCUUUCACUCUAAAUCCCGAAGACACGUCCCUGGUUACGAGGAGCCGACUGUUCUUGCUGCUGAGACACCUUUCACAGUGAGCGAAGUAGAAGCUUUAUAUGAACUGUUUAAGAAAAUAAGCAGCUCCAUAAUCGAUGACGGGCUCAUUCACAGGGAAGAAUUCCAGCUGGCACUUUUCAGAAACAAAAACAAGAGAAAUCUAUUUGCUGACAGGAUAUUUGACUUGUUCGACUACAAACGUAAUGGAGUGAUUGAAUUUGGAGAAUUUGUCCGGUCAUUAGGCGUAUUUCACCCUGUUGCACCAGUUGAAGAGAAAGUUGCAUUUGCAUUCAGAUUGUACGAUCUGAGGCACACAGGGUACAUUGAGAGGGAAGAGUUGAAAGAGAUGGUAGUGGCACUAUUACAUGAAUCAGAUCUCGUACUCUCAGAUGAUGUUGUUGAAACGAUUGUAGACAAGACGUUUAGUGAGGCAGACGCAAAGGGGGAUGGAAAAAUCGACCUAGACGAGUGGAAGGAAUUUGUAUCCAAAUAUCCUUCUCUUAUCAAGAACAUGACCCUUCCAUAUCUGAAGGAUAUAACACUCGCAUUUCCUAGCUUUGUGGUGCGGUCAGAAGUCGAAGACAUGGAAGUGUGAAACGUACAGUUCGGCAUUAGAAUCUCCCCUCGUUUCUCGCCUGGGGGCGAUCAACUUUAAAAGGAAAUAUAGUUUCCUAAAAUUUGAGUCGAUGCUUGGAGAAGAUAGUACAAACACGGACGAAAGAGAUCUCGGUUUGUUUCAACAUGUCGGAAGAAGCCUCUAUGAGUUGAUUUGCAGAAAGUUUAAGGUUUGCAAGUUCUGGUAUUGCAGGUGAAUUGUAUAGGAUCAAGAUUAACAUAUUUUGUGUUGGAUAAUUUGAAGGGAUUUUCUUGUAGUGGUAGUAGGUUUUUGAGGUAUGGGAAUGUCUUAUGUAGAAAAGAUCCAUUGUCCAUCAUGUGUAGGGACUAGCAUAUAAUAAUUGGACAUGAAAUUAGUAUUGUUAUUUUUAUGUAGUAAAUAGUAAUAAGGUUGUAUUUAAAGUUAGAUGGGAUAA